AUGUCGGACGAGCGUUUCUUGGCGCAGGAAAUCAUAGUCAUUGCGAUAUCCGUCCUGAUACUCGUGGCCCUGCUCGGCUUCCUCAUCACGUUCAACGUUCAAGCCGCCGGCAAUGCAGGACAGUGGCGGAGUCCACGAAAGGAGGCGGCCAGGGUCAUCGACACACUGCAGGAAGAAUCCUUCAUCGAGAGCGUGCGGCGGCGCAGCGUCACGCUGGCCGAGGACCUCAAGAGAGAGCUCUUGAGCCUCAAGCGCAAGAUUUCCAUGUCGACGCCGCUCAUCGAACUCGAGCCACGACCCGAAGACCUGCGCGUCACCAACGCGCUGCAGAGCUUCUCCUUGUCGCCGGAACUGCAGAUGACGGCCACAAAGUCUGGUGAAGCGCAAGAUGCGGUCGACAACCGCACCAGGGACUCGUUUGCCCUGACAACGGGAAGAGACUCGCUGGUUGCCAAGGAGAGGAGGAGAUCGACCCGUUCCACAUCUGGGUGCGCGGCAAGCUGUGACCUGGAGGCGCAACACUACGACUCGUCCUCGUCAUGA